AUGGGGCUCAGGUCAAGAGAUCUCUGGUGUGGGAACAAGAUUGCUUCAACUUCAGAUGAGAAGGCUGUGUCAAUGAGGACUAUUGUGUUACAGGAUCUUACAAUAAAAAUUCAACCUGAAUGGCUUUGGUACCAUAUAGAGGGCCAUGAUAUAUACAGAUUGAAUUGUAUCAAAGCUGGUUCCUUCCGCUGCUGUGUAACUGACCUGAUAUUUGAUGUGAAUGCACCUGUCACUCUCAUCUACUACUUUGAUUCAUGGUCACAGAAUCUUAAUGAGGAGCAUAGAAAGCAGUGGGAAAUUGUCGGCCCUUUGCUCAACAUCCAGGCAUAUCCCAAGGAGGCUGUGGCAGCCGUUCACUUUCCUCACUUUCUUUGUCUUGAAGGUAAAGGCUGUUCUAAAAUCUAUCUGGCACAUUUUGGUGAACAGGGGAUGAGCUUGGAGAAACCAGACUCAGUGGGGCCAUAUCAUGUGGAAUUGAAGAAUCUCACACCCUGUUCUUGUGGAGCUGUUCUCAAGAAGUCAUGGUUUGAAGGAAAGAUCAAAGCUCAUGCAGUAACUCUGCUGUAUUAUGAACAUAAAUUCGGAUACACAACAUUACGCUUCUAUCUCCUUCCCAAUGACUCUUCUCUAAAACAGGCUGUCAAUGAGCGUGAAUUACUGUCUCAUAAAGUUCAAUGUCCAUCCCAGACCAUGCAGCCUCUGAUUAUUGGCUCCGACUUCGUUCUGAAAAGCACGUCUGGUUUCUCCAUCUAUCCAAAGAAAGAGAAACUGCAGUUUAAAUAUCCACCUACAGAUAGACAUAUUCAAUACCUUGAAUUAUAUCUAGAGUUCAUGGAAGAUGUACUAGAACUUGUCCUGCUCGAAGACGACACAAAUGAUUUAGUAUGGAAGGCCUUCAUUAAAAAGGAGGAAUUGAUGCAUGCUAAUUUCCAUUUCAUGAUAGGAACACAGACCACACCACGUAUAGCGGAACCUUUUCUGACUGGAAGGGAUGGAGCUCAGGCCAAAAGAUCUCUCUUAAUUGCUCUAACUUCAGAUGAGAUGGCUACAUCAAAGCCGACUAUUUUGUUACAGAAUUUUGCAGAAAACAUCCAACCUGAAACACUUUUGGACCCUCAAGGGGGCUACAAUAUGUACAGAUUGAACUGCACCAAGACUGGUUCCUUCCGCUGCUGUAUUACUGAUCUGAUAUUUGAUGUGAGAGCAGCUGUCACCUUCACCUACUACUUUGAUUUAUGGUCAAAGUAUCUCAACGAAGAGCAUAAAAAGCAGUGGGAUAUUGUGGGGCCUUUGCUCAACAUCCAGGCAGAUGCAAAGGAGGCUGUGGCAGCCGUUCACUUUCCUCACUUCCUUUGUCUUCAAGGUAAAGGCUGUCCUGACAUCUAUCUGGCACAUUUUGUUGAAGAAGGCAUGAGGUUGGAGAAGCCAGAUUCAGUGGAAUCAUAUCAUGUGGAGUUGAAAAACCCUGCAUUCUCUCCUCGUGGAGUUGUUUUCAAGAGAACAUGGUUUAAACGAAAGAUAAAAGUCCAUGCGGUGGCCCUACUGUAUCAAGACCUUCGAGUCCAAAGCAUGAAAUUACACUUCUACCUCCUUCCCAAUGACUCUUCCUUGAAAAAGGCUGUCCAUGAGCUUGAACUGAACUACUCUUCACAAAGAAUUCGGAAACCACCUGAGAUCCAGAAGGCUCUGAUGAUUGGUUCCUGCUUCUCUCUGCAAAAGAUGACUGAUGUCACCAUCUGUCCAGAGGACUUGAAGUUUAAAUACUUGGAUGCAGACAUGGAACAACAGUACCUUGAAUUACAUGCUAAAGACAUGAAAGAUGAACUAAAUAUUUUCCUGAUUGAAAAGGACACGAAUGAAAUAGUCUGGAUAGCUGUCAUAAGAAAAGAGGACUUGAAGUCUACUAUUUCACCUCCCAUAGAAGGUGCUGCCGCCGCCUGCAGGCCAACCCACAGACCAAUCAAUGUUGGUGCAAAUCCAGAGACAGAAGAGGAACAUCUGCCUGAUGCACCAGGGAUGCACUUCAUUGAGUGGCACCGAAAGGAACUGAUAGAGCGGACCAGCAAUGUAGAGGGAGUCUUGGAUAUGCUUUAUGGGGCUGUCCUGGAUUAUGAGCAAUACCAAAAAAUCCUCUCCAGGAAAACCUCCCAGGAUAAAAUGCGGGAGCUCUACAUGCUCCUCCCAAGCUGGAACCGCUUUUGCAAGGAUCAGCUUUACGAGGCAUUGAAGGUCAAGCAGAAGUAUCUUAUUGAGGACCUUGAAGAUGGCGACAGAUGAUGAAAUGAUGCCAGAAGACAUACACCUGCACAGUGUGACUUCACUGCUCUUGUUCUUAAAUAUAUUUGACACCAACUCCAAAUCCUGCCAAUCUUACAAAGCAGCAGUGAACAUCUUCUCCUUGAUGACCCUGAAAGGCGAUGAAACCACAAAGCAGACAAGGUACUAUCCCCCAUAAAU